AUGUCUCAUUCGGGGCACGCACAUGGUCACACCCAUGACCGCUGCGACCAUCCCACCGAUGCCCAUUCGGGGCACGGGCAUGGUCACGCCGCUCACGCCCAUGACCACUGUGACCAUGCCACCGAUGCCCAUUCGGGGCACGGACAUGGUCACACCCAUGGUUAUUGUGACCAUGCCACCGAUGCCCAUCCAGGGCUCGCGCAUGAUGACACCCACGGCCACUGUGACCAUGCCAACGAUGCCCAUUCGGGGCACGCGCACGGUCACACCCACGGCCAGUGUCAUGACCAUGCCACCGAUGCUGAGCCCAAGGACCGCAGCAACGACACUCGCCUUCCAGUAACGGUUCUCUCAGGCUUUCUGGGCGCAGGCAAGACAACGCUUUUGAAGCACAUCCUGGAGAAUAAGGCGGGUUUGAAGGUGGCUGUAAUUGUGAAUGAUAUGGCCUCGCUGAAUUGGGACUCCAAGCUGGUGGAGCAAGCCAUCUCUGAGGGCAAGAAGAAGAAUCCGCGGAAGCGCAAGAAGAGUGGAGACCCCGAAUCCGAAGAGGAGGACGAGGAGGCUCAGGAGGCCAGCGUGCCAAAGCUGGUUUCGCUGCAGAAUGGAUGCAUUUGUUGCACGCUGCGCGAGGACUUGGUCGAGCAAGUCUCGGAGAUUGCCACCGCUGAGCAGAAAUUCGAUUAUCUGCUGAUCGAGAGCACUGGCAUAUCAGAGCCUGUCCCAGUCGCACAAACCUUCUGCCACUCCCUGGAAGAGCUGGAGCAUUUGGCUCAGCGCGAGGAGGAGCACUCACACGUGGCUAAGGAAGAGCAAGAGCCCAAGAACGAGACGGAGCACAAGUACCAGCGGGCUUUGGCAGACAAGGAACAAAAGGACAAGCAACUCGCUGUGCGAGCCAUCGAGCUGCAGCGCAUGUGCCGCCUCGACACGAUGGUGACGGUUGCAGAUGCGCCGUUGAUUGUCGAGGCGCUUUGCGGUACUAACGAGGUGCAGGGCGGUACUACUCUGGCCACUUCGGGGCUUACCAAGGCAGAAGUCCAAAGAGACCAAGCAAGCACGAAUGGCAGCAGCGUGAACGCAGACAAGACUGUGGUAGAUCUCAUGCUGGACCAGCUCGAAUUCGCGAACACGAUCAUCUUGAACAAGGAGGACAUGUUGCUGAAGAUGCCCGGUGGAGCGAGUCUGAAGCCGCAGGUCGAGGCGCUUGUGAAGAGGCUGAAUCCCUUGGCACUGCUAGUGUGGACGACCUUCGCUCAAGUCGAGAAAGGUGGCAGGGAUACGGUGCUGGGGACUGGGAGGUUUGACUUCGAGAAAGCCAGAGCCAGCGCGGGUUGGAUGCAGGAGCUGAUGAACGUCAACCACAUCCCCGAGACUGAAGAAUAUGGAAUCUCUUCCGUUGUCUUCCGUGCGAAGCGGCCAUUCCACCCCACAAGGCUGUACAGCGCGAGGGAUGGAUUCGGCUUGGUAGACCUGGCGACAGGAAAGCCCACCGAAAAAGCUAAGCAGAAGCCAUUCCGUGGCGUGAUACGAAGCAAGGGCCAGAUUUGGAUGGCAAACUGUUGUGCGUAUGCGCUCGAUUGGACCAUAGUUGGCCGCACAUUUUCGCUGCAGCCGGCACGGCCCUUCGAAGCAGCUAUUCAAGAGGCCGCAGAUACCUAUGAAGAUGACCCACAGGGAGAAGGUCAGGACGACAUUCUUCCGGAUGGGUGGGACCCGCUUUGGGGUGAUCGCGAAACAGAAUUGGUGGUCAUUGGCGUGAACAUUGACAAGGCAGCAAUUCUUGAUGCCCUCGAAGGAGCAUUAGUCACCGAAGACGAGUUCGCGAAGGCGAGCGCAGAUAAAGCAAAAUUCGAGGAGUGGAUCGAGACCUCGCGCGCUUAUUGCAAGGAUCUUAGCAUACCCUUCGGCCAGGUAUUGCUGGGAAUGGAUGACAAGGCUCUUCGUGCUGCUACCGGGGAUUUGACCUCUAGGUUUGAGAGGUUCAGGCAGCUGGAAGACCCAUUCUUCAAUGGCACUGCAAACAGUUCCUUCAUGGAGAUGGCAGUUCGAAGUUCGAGGGGUGAGUAG